GCCGCGACAGCUCGGACACCCUACAGCGCCCCCUAGGGGACCCACGGAAAGACGCAGGUGCUAUACCUGUGGAAGGGAAGGUCACCUUGCCCGGGCUUGCCCCGACCGGGAUGAGCCCAUGCCCACCGCAGAUACGUCAGAGCACCCGGUGUUCCCAUGCCGGUACAUCACCACCUGCUGGGCACAUGAGGGAGCCAGGGCCCCAACAUUUCCGGUAAAAAUCGGCGGACGGGAUACCGAGGCCUUACUUGACUCAGGAAGCAUGGUGACCCUCAUCCGACCGGAGUUUGCGGGGGGCUCCCGAGGUAAGGCAAUCGCCGUGGCCUGCAUUCACGGGGACACCAAGCAAUAUUUCACGGCUGACAUUGUGCUGACCACCCCCCGAGGCUCGGUGGCCGUCCGGGCAGGAGUCGUAGAGAACCUGCCCGUUCCUGUACUGGUGGGCCGGGAUUGUGCCGUGUUUGACAGGUACUGGAAGGAGUCCCCGGCGAACCUCGAACCAGAGGGCAGGCGCAGACCCCAGAAGAGGCGGCCCCAGCACACCGCCGGGGGUGCUCAACCGGCCUGGGCGGGCCUCUCUGGGGAAGACCAGGCCGAACCGACGGAUGCUGUGGUAGAGGGGAGGCAGCCAACCGCCAGUACUAAGGAGACCACCGCCACCGCAUCAGAGGCCGUAGCCGAGAACCCCGUCGGCCUGGAGGAGGUGGGCUCAGAAGAGACUUUUACCGAGUUCGCCCCACAGCCGGGGAGCCAGACCGGGGAACAGGGCCGCUUUGGAACAGCGCAGCUGCAGGAUCCCAACUUGACGCAGGCCUGGAGGGAUGUCCAGGAGAUUGAUGGGAUGCCACGACCAGGGGUGAGUGAAACAACCCCCCCCUAUUUUUUGAUUGAGCAGGGGUUAUUAUAUAGGGUGUCCCGGGUCAAGGAAGAGAGAGUCCACCAGCUGUUAGUCCCCAAGACGUACAUUUCAAAGGUCCUGUACCUCGCCCACACCCACCUCCUGGGGGCCCACUUGGGAGCUGAGAAAACGUAUGAGCGCAUCAUCGAACGGUUCUACUGGCCUGGGGUGAAGAGGGCCGUCGAGGAAUACUGUCGCCACUGCGCUGACUGCCAGCUCCAUAGCCCCAAGGUAAAGUAUAAAAACCCCCUGAUCCCUCUGCCCAUCAUAGAGGUCCCCUUCCACCGCAUCGCCAUGGACAUCGUGGGCCCCCUUCCAAGGUCCAGCCGAGGGCACAAAUACAUCCUGGUCAUCCUGGACUACGCUACCCGGUUCCCGGAAGCCAUCCCGUUGCGGACUGCCACGGGGAAAGCGGUAGCUCGGGAACUGUUCCUGCUGUUCAGCCGGGUGGGUAUUGCGGCGGAGAUACUCACGGACCAGGGGUCCUGCUUUAUGUCCACCGUGUUAAAGGCGAUGUGCGGCCUGCUGAAGGUGAAGCAGGUGAGGACGUCCGUCUAUCACCCACAGACCGACGGGCUGGUUGAGCGGUUUAACCACACCUUGAAACAAAUGAUGAGGAAAAUGAUUGAAACAGAUGGUAAAGACUGGGACCAGCUGUUACCCUACCUCAUGUUUGCCAUUCGGGAAGUACCUCAGGCGUCUACCGGGUUUUCACCCUUCGAGCUGCUGUAUGGGCGGCGACCCCGAGGGCUGUUGGACCUGGCUAAGGAAACAUGGGAGCGCCAACCUUCGCGACAUGGCACGGUCAUCGAGCACGUGGAGCAGAUGCACCUACGGAUGUCCCGGAUCUGGCCCAUGGUCCGGGAGAACAUGCAGCAGGCACAGCAAGCCCAGGCCCGGGUCUACAAUCGCGGAGCACAGGCACAGGCCCUCUCUGCUCACGUCUCCCCACAGGACCCCCCCGAGGUGACGCUGGGGAAGCAGCUGACGGGCCACCAGAUCCAAGAUCUACGAGAACUCCUGGACCGAAAUCGGGAUGUGUUCUCAAAGCUCCCAGGCCGGACCUCCAUCAUCGCCCACCACAUCGCCACAGAACCCGGGAAGAAGGUUAGGCUGAGGCCGUACCGGAUCCCCGAGGCCCAGCGGGAUACCAUCCGGGAAGAGGUCAGGCGGAUGUUGGAGAUGGGGGUCAUCGAAGAGUCCCACAGUUCUUGGAGCAGCCCCAUAGUCAUUGUACCCAAACCCGACGGUAGCCUGAGGUUUUGUAAUGACUUCAGGAAGCUAAACGAAAUCUCACGGUUUGAUGCUUACCCCAUGCCCAGGGUGGAUGAGCUGAUCGAGAGGCUGGGACCGGCUCGGUUCCUCAGCACGUUGGACCUCACCCGCGGGUACUGGCAGGUCCCCCUUACCCCCCAGGCUAAGGAGAAGACUGCCUUCGUGACGCCGGAUGGCCUCUUCCAGUACCGGGUCCUACCGUUUGGGGUCCACGGAGCCCCGGCUACCUUCCAGCGGCUCAUGGAUCAGGUCCUCCGGCCUCAUCAGAAGUAUGCGGCGGCGUACCUGGACGACAUCGUGGUCCACAGUGCGGAUUGGGAAACCCACUUGGGCAGGCUAGAGGCGGUGCUGGGGGCCCUCCGGGAGGCAGGCCUGACGGCCAACGCAACCAAGUGCCGUUUGGGUUUGGAGGAGGCGGAUUACCUAGGCUAUACCGUUGGAAGAGGGUGCGUGAAACCCCAACCCACCAAGGUGGAAGCCAUCGCAACGUGGCCCAAGCCCCAGACGCAGAAGCAGGUGAGAACCUUCCUGGGCCUAGUGGGGUAUUACCGUCAGUUUAUUCCCAAUUUUGCCGCCAUAGCAGCCCCCCUGCAUGACCUGACCUCCAAGAGUCGAAGCAACCGAGUCAGCUGGACGGAAGAAGCUGACGCCGCCUUCGAAACCCUGAGACAAGCCCUCUGCAGCGAACCGGUUCUGGUGACUCCGGCCUUCGAUCAGACAUUCGUGCUCCAAACGGACGCUUCCCUGGUGGGGAUAGGAGCCGUGCUCUCACAGAUCCGGGAGGGGGCCGAGCAUCCGGUAACGUACAUCAGCCGUAAACUCUUAACUCAUGAGCGUAACUAUGCCACAGUAGAGAAAGAGUGUUUAGCCGUCAAAUGGGCGAUGGACAAGCUGCGAUACUAUUUACUGGGUAGGGAGUUUGUACUAGUCACUGAUCAUGCCCCACUCAAAUGGAUGUCGGUGAAUAAAGAUAGUAAUGCCCGGGUUACUAGGUGGUUUCUGGGGCUACAGUCUUUUCGCUUCAGGGUGGAACAUCGAGCUGGGAAGCUCCACGGGAAUGCUGACGCCCUGUCCAGACGGGAGGAAUGUCUAUGGUCAGGCGCUCCAGGUAACGACAUGGAGCUGAGGGAAGGGGUAUGUGGCGCCCCGAUCCCUGAUCGGUGCUCCCCACGUGACCACCAAGACGGCCGAACCCAUCGACACCGGCGGCUGCUGGGGAAAGUCGUGAGUGGGCGGUACUUACCAAACCACAGCCUGGAGACGUUCAGGACCCUGGACAGCACCAGACAGAACACCUAAGGUGACACCAGGCAGCACCAUGGACAGGGCUGCAGCAGAGGGAAGGUAAGGGGAAUUUUCCACUCUGCUGCACAC